AUGAAAGCAAUAUUACAAUCAAAAAUAUUUGGUGGAAUGAAAUCAAAUUAUCGUUUAUUCGUCCCUCAAUCCACAUUCUCCUCUUCUUUAUCCUCCUCCUUCUCUUUUAGAUACUGUUCAACAUCUGAACACAACUAUAGUUCACCUCCUGUAAAUCAAGAUGUCAUAGACCUCUUUGAAAAAUCUCAAUUAUCAACACCUGAAAUCAAGAGAAUUCUAAUGGAUGACCAUAAUCUAACAAUUGAUGAAACAAAAAAGGUUAUGAAAGGAAUGGCCGAAAAAAAUGAAUUGGAAUCUAUGAUUGGAGAGUAUAUUAGAUUAUCAGAUUUUGGAUUACUCAACUCUUUUUAUGGUAGAAGUACUGGACAUGUUACCGAGUUUGCUAUCAACCAAUGA